UGUUAGGUUCCUUUAGUCAGUCGUUUCUGAUCUGGUGCAUCUGAGGCUUUCAAACGUUCGGAUAUUGAGCAUUCAUGAUGCAGAUUGUAAUCCCGAUCCAUGUAUGCAUGGUACCUGUCACAAUAGAUCAACUCACUUCAUCUGUAACUGUAAAAGAGGUUACCACGGUUUAACAUGCAAUAAGGACUGCAGUAAAAACCCUUGUAUGAUUGGAACAUGUCAUACUAGUCCUACUGGUUACAAUUGUACAUGUGCUGGCGGAUAUUCUGGACAUAAUUGUGAUAAAGCACCACCAGUAAUAAGCACAACAACAUUAGGAGAAACUUCAACUCUAACAACGUUAGGAGAAACUACAACUCUAACAACGUUAGGAGAAACUUCAACUCUAACAACGUUAGGAGAAACUUCAACUUUAACAACGUCAGGUGAAACUUCAACUUUAACAACGUUAGGAGGACCUUCAACUUUAACAACGUUAGGAGAAACUUCAACUGUAACAACGUUAGGAGAAACUUCAACUUUAACAACGUUAGGAGAAACUUCAACUUUAACAACGUCAGGAGGACCUUCAAAUUUAACAACGUCAGGAGGACCUUCAACUUUAACAACGUUAGGAGGACCUUCAACUUUAACAACGUUAGGAGAAACUUCAACUUUAACAACGUUAGGAGGACCUUCAACUUUAACAACAGCCAGUUCUUUUUGUAGAGAUAGUCCGUAUAUGGCAUGUUCUGAUCAACAUGUUUGCGCAGAUCUUUCACUGAAACGAUUAUGUCCAUUCAGUUGUGGGCUAUGUAGUUGUGAAGACAAUGCAUUUGCGACCUGCUCGUCAUUAUUAUGUUCUGACCAUAAUUUAAAGCUACUUUGUCAGAAGACGUGCGGUUUGUGUGGGAAAUAUCAAAGUAAUGCUACACCAACCACCUGGUUACAUGUUCCGGAAAAAAGUAGUGCAACAUCUACCAAAUGGUUACACGUUCCAGAAAAAAUUAGUGCGACACCUACCACGUGGAUACACAUUCCUGGAAAAUGACUAAAUCGUUAAUAGAAGUCUAAUUAUUUAUCAAAUUAUUUUAAAUGUUCAACAUGUAGGAAAAAUAAAGACAUGGUUUUCUUUA